GUUACAAACAUUUUGUCCAAAUUUAAUGAUGAUAAAUAUGAUAAGUCUUUUAAAAAAAUCGAUCAACGAUUGGACGAUGAAAUAGUUGACAACCAGCAUCGACAUGGUAAACGUGAAAUCUAUUUUAUAACUAAUAAAUCUUCAGAACUUCGAUUAAAAUACGCACUAGAAAUUGUUAUGGAAUAUCUGCCAAAUUAUUGGGCCGAGCAAUUGAAAAAAGAAUACGAUUUUGAGGCACUUGGUACAUGGGAUAAUAAUGCUGUCGUAUACAUGUCGGCAAUUUCUACUGAUUACCAUGUAAAACAACCCGUUGAGAAAGAUGUCGUUCCAACUGCCAAGUUGGACAAGCAUCCAUAG